GGUCUAUAACAGCAUCCUCCCAGCUUACUCCAGCAGAACAUUCCCACUGCUCCUCAUCCUGCAACACCACCUGUCUGCCAAGCAAUGAGAUUUUUCUGCUUAAAACACCUGCAUGUGGUUUUAACAAAUUACGUGAUCUAGUUGCCUGACUUUAAAAGAUUUUUUUGCAAUAAGAUUUAUAUAUUUUUAUUUUUUGUCGCAAAGAUGAUUUCUGCAUGCCUGGAGUUUAUCGGUCUUGGCUUGAGCGUCACUGGGACCCUUUUGGUGAUGGUGGCAUGUGGGUUGCCCAUGUGGAAAGUGUCCGCCUUCAUCGAGGGCAACAUUGUGGUAGCACAGAACAUCUGGGAUGGCCUGUGGAUGUCCUGCGUGGUCCAAAGCACAGGUCAGAUGCAGUGCAAGGUCCACGACUCUGUCCUGGCACUGACCACAGACCUGCAGACCGCUCGGGCUCUGACGGUCAUUUCAGCGGUGAUGGGUGUCCAGGGUUUGAUGGUGACCAUCGCUGGCGCUCAGUGCACCAACUGCAUCAGCAAAGAGUCCAUCAAAGCCAAAGUGGUGAAUGCCGGAGGGGUCAUAUACAUAAUAUCCGGCUUGUUUGUGUUGGUGCCCUUGUGUUGGAUGGCCAACAACAUCAUCUCAGACUUCUACGACCCUCAAGUUCCUUAUGCAAAGAAGAGAGAAAUUGGGGCUGCUCUCUACAUUGGAUGGGCAGCAUCUGCCAUGCUUCUGCUCGGAGGAGCAUUUCUGUGUUUCUCCCGUCCGCAUGAUGAAAAAUCCUCGUAUCCCCUCAAGUACGCUCCCACAAAGAGCGCAACAAUAAAUGGAGACUAUGAUAAACAAAACUACGUCUGAUCACCAACAGAAUGGACUAGUGGUUCAGUGCAUAAAUGGAUUUAUUUGUGGUUUUGGGUUUGGGUAGUUGAACUUGGCACUUGAAGAUUCAACAGCAAGAUUUUAGUUUGAAAUGUAUAUGAUUGUUUAGUGGAUAAUGUAUGUUUCUAGAUGCUGUUGCUUUUUUAAUCACCUUUUUGUAAUUCACUUAAAGAGUCCUGCAGUGUGACAAAUGAAUUUAUUUAAUUCAUAUGAAAUCAUAAAACAACUUCAUGCAUACUAAUUAUACAAGAACCAGAAAAUUCUGUUUACAAACAGUUUUAGAUGAAGAAUAGCAUGUCAACUGCCCAUUUACAUGCAACAGGUCACCAACAUCAAGACUGUAUUGUGCUGUAUCAAACUACAUGCAAGCAUUCAGUUAAUGUACAUACUCGAUUACUGUUUGAAUUAAAGUAUUUUGUGCUACUUAAAUUUGCUCUUUUCACUGUAUGUCUUGGUAAUAAUAUAUUAGAUAUACACUGGUAUUUUUGUGUCUUUAUAUAUGACAGUAUAGGGUCAGAGCCCAUUUGUUUGCAUGUGAUUUUAAUCACUGUGGCUUAAGGGGGGCGAAGAGAGGGUCGAUGUUUCAUGUUUUUGUUCUGCUUUCUGAGAGUGCACUAAUUAGACACGGUCUGUACGCUUCAAAAGAAUGCUGAAUAAUGCCUAUUGUUCUACUUAUAGAUUCCAGACUGCAACAUUUUCAUGAAAAAACAUGUACAUGUUUUGAUAACCUAAACCUUCUGAAGUGUACAUUAUUUUAUCUGUUCACAUUUAAAUAAAAAAUAAGAUUUUUGUUUUACA